UUUUUUUUUUGUAUUUUUUAGCCCUUCUUUCGAUAGAUCUGUGUAUGUCAAUCAAGUCGGCUUCAAGAAGCUCGUAAAAGGGUUUGAAGUGCACUGAUACAGAUACUCCGACUAUAAUAGAGAAUCGACAAAUUCGACAGCACAAGUAGCCAUGGCGCAAAAUAGCGACAGGAAGAAACCAAACAUUCUGGUGACGGGGACGCCGGGGACCGGGAAGACAACGAUGUCAUCUGCGCUGGCGGAGGCCACCCAGUUCCGCCACAUAAACGUCGGUGAGCUUGUCAAAGACAAGAACUUGCACGACGGUUGGGACGACGAGUUCGAAUGCCACAUAAUCAACGAAGACCUAGUGUGUGAUGAACUUGAGGAUAUGAUGGAAGAGGGGGGAAAUAUUGUGGACCACCAUGGUUGCGACUUCUUUCCAGAGCGUUGGUUUGAUCGGGUGGUGGUGCUUCAAACUGAGAACUCUGUGCUGUAUGAUCGUUUGACAAAGAGAGGUUAUGCUGGCUCAAAGCUUACAAACAACAUCGAAUGUGAAAUCUUUCGAGUGUUGCUGGAGGAGGCAAAAGAGAACUAUCGAGAAGAAAUUGUGGUGGCGUUUAAAAGUGAUUCUGUGGAUGACAUAAACAGAAAUGUGGCUUCUCUGAUUGAUUGGGUUAGGAGUUGGUGUCCCGGAUCCUAAUCAAAUCACUGCCAAGGGCUUUUCUUGAUCCCAUCUGUUGAAGGCAUACUCCUUGCUAGAUAACCGUUCUUACUGGGACUUGUAUGAUGCAGUAUUGGGGGUUUUUUUUUUUUUUUUUUAGUUUUCUUCUUCCUCCUCCUCAUCCUUUUUUUUUUUUUUUUUUUCAAGAGAACUACUAGAUAGCGUGUGAACUUGUUUUCAUAAGCAUUGCUAUGUUCAAGCUCAAUGGAUAUGGCAAAGAAUGAUUGCUCAUAUUUAACAGUGA